CGCCGGAUAAUACAGAAUAUCUAAUGAACUGAGACAGCUCGCGAAACGUACUGUGUUUUACUUGAAUAGAUUUCCCCCCUCGUUAUUAAUCCCGCAGAAGAAAACAACCCCCUCCAUUUGAUCGAGACCCCUUUCGUCAGCUGGACGGGCUCUCGUGUGUAUUUUCUUCCCAACGCACACCUCAAUAGUAAUCGACCAUGUGGCUCUAGAAAUCCGGGAAAUGUAGUCUUUUAGCAAAAGGUGUGGCAAGUAAAAACGGGAUGGUCUUCUCAGCUUUGGGAUUGAGAUCCUUCCUCAAGAGCUACAGCUUCGGGAUGGGUACACGGCUGACGUGCUCAUUCCAAGGAAGAGUUUUGCUUUCUCCCCCUGCAUUCAGUGGCGAUUUAAGUGCUAGUUAAUUAAAGGCGCGAGGCUCUGCGAAGGAACUCCAACUACCAGCAUGCACCGUGAAAACAAAGGCAGAGGCUUAGUGUAUCAAACCCGGACCGUGAGGGCUCUGAUUGGUUGAAACUGGGAUUCCACGUUUCCGAUUGGCUAAGACGCUUUUCAUUCACACUUCGAGAGUAAUUCGUGUGUAGACGCUCUGUUGCUGGAAAUAGCAAUGGAAUGGAAGGGAUUCGACUCUAACGGGGGAAGGUCGUGCUGUUCCACUCUCCGCUGCGGACCGGCAGCAUGGCCGAAGCGUUCCUAGGGGAGAAGGAUGCUCACUCUCUCCUCCGGCGACUGCGGCGAGCCAACGGGUUUCUGGAGGAGUUCCGGCAGGGCAGCAUCGAGCGGGAGUGUGUGGAGGAGAGCUGCAGCUUCGAGGAGGCCAAGGAGGUGUUUGAGAACAAGGAGCGCACGAUGGAGUUCUGGAAGAACUACAUCUACACCGUGAGCAGCAACUCGGAGGCUCGGACUGAGCGCUCGGACGCCGUCUUCAUGGUGGUGCCGCUGCUGGGCGUGGCGCUGCUCAUCAUCAUCGCGCUCUUCAUCAUCUGGAGGUGUCAGCUGCAGAAGGCCACGCGGCGCCGGCCCGCCUACUCCCAGAACCGCUACCUGGCCAACCGGACCUCCCGCAGCCUGCCGCGCAUCCUGGUCCACCGGGACGUCGAAUGUCUAACGCGGCCUGGCCGCUGCUGUGCCAACUGGGGCCGCUGUCGUGGCGAUAGCGGCAGGUGA